AUGAAUGAAAACGACAAUAUACUACUGGAUGAUGAAUAUAUUAAUAGAAUUUCAAAAAAUAGCAUCAAAAAGGUACUUAAAAAAAACCAUAUUAACCACUCAAGUUUAAAUAAUGGGUUUAUUGGUUUUAUAAAUAAUUCUAAUAAUUGCAAUACUAGCAUUAGUUGCAGUGCCAACAGUACUAGUAACAGCAGUAGUAGUAAUGCCAACAUUAUUGGUGAAGGAGAGGGUAGAGGAAGAUACAGAAGCAACAGCAGUAGCACUAUUAUCAUUGAUGGAAACAAUUAUUUAGGCAUUCAUUCAGGCGAAUUAUGCCAUAGCAAGGAUUUUUAUGAAACAGGAAACGAAAAAAGCAAUGUUAAAAUUUUGAGUAAUAAUUCAUAUGCUUUAACAGAUCUAAGAGAGAAUAGUGAUGAAAAAAAUGAUAAUUGUGGUAAUAAAAAAACGAGAAAAAAAGAUGGAAAUGAACAAAUUAACUUGGAAGAAGUUAAAAAGCUUAAAAUCCCUGACUGUUCUAUAUGUAGAGAAUACUUAACUAGAAACUUAACAGUAAUAACAGUAUGUGGGCAUGUGUUUCAUAAGCAAUGCAUAGAUGCCUGGCUUUCAAAAUGUGAUUCAAACAAAAAUUUAAAUAUGGCUCAGGGUAGAUUGAACUAUUUGUUAAAUGAUAAUGGAGAACCAACAUGCCCAUUAUGCAGGGUUCCGUGUUCAUUAUUCACCCUUUGUGAUUUGGUGAAUAUUACAAUAGACGAAACUUUAAUCUUAGACGAUUCAGAAGAUAAAUUUCAAUGUUUUCAAAAAGAAGAGGUAGUUAGCCCCAAAAAUACGGGGGAAUGCAUACAGAUUAAUUGUAGGUUAAAACUGAAAUCUGCGACAGAUGAAUCAGAGGCAAAAUCAAAAGAAAUUGAAGAAUUACGCACACAGCUUAAUGAGGAAAAAACAAAGGCAUUGGUAAAAACAGACUUGAACGAAAGUUUGGAAAGGAAGAAUGAAGUAUUACGUGAAGAUUUGAAUAGGAUAACUCAUGAACUCGGAGAAAUGAACCAAAAGUAUUCCGAUUUGCAUAGAAAAUAUACAUUUAUACAAUCAAAUAAUGCUAUUAAUAAUUUUAUGGGAGAAAAACUUCAAGAUGAUUUAACUGAUCCAAAUAUUCAAGUGGAUGAAACAAACCAGAUAUCUAAUUUAAUAGGAUUUAAUCCAUUUGAAGGUGAAGAUAGUUUAGAAAAGAGAGAAGACACUUUUCAAGCAUUAAAAGUACUUUCCAAUGCAUUUAUCAAACUAUCAAGCAGAUAUGAUCAACUUAAGGAGAAGUCUAGUAAAUGGAAAGCUAAAUGCUACCAGCUUAAGGACUCGCAUACAACUUCGAUAAAUGAAUGUAAUUUUUUAAAGGAGAAACUUAGAAACUUAAAUAAAAUAAUAAAUACAUCAGAGAUUGUGAAAGAACCAAGCACAAUUGUCUCAAAUGUUUCUAAUGUAGAAAAUUCUGCAAAAACUCCUAGUAAUAUGGAGAAUGAUGAGGAGUCAUUUUCUUAUAUUUCCAAGCUCAUUCAAGACAAAAAAACUACAAAAAAUUUUAUCGAAAGUAACUCAAGAUCACAAACCAAUCAGGAAAACAAAAUAUUCAGUAACUCCUCACAGAUUUCUUAUUUGAAAUCUAACAAAAUUCUAAAAUCCUCCAGUUCUAUUAAAAAAAACGAAUUUGGAGGUAUAAACACUGAGGGUAAAUCUGAAAUAAACACGAUUAAAAGCAAAACACAUGAAUCUGAAAGACUAACGUCCAGAAAUGAGGAGUCUCCAAACCCAAACUACUCAACUUUAAUUAAAAGCAGGAGAAAUCAUGUCAUUAAAAGAAAUAUCCCGAUAGAUUCACAAUCUAUUUCCAGCUUUUUUUAUACAAGAAAACCAAAGCUUAAAUUAAUUGACUGA